AACAUAACUGGGGUAGAAACGUCACUCAUAAGAGUGUGGGUGUGGUGAAAGACAUUAAAAGUGAUGACAGUGUGGUUGUUGACUUCCCUGGACAUGCGAACUGGAAAGGAAUUAUCACUGAAAUGGAGAAAGUAACUAAUGAUGAUGAGAUUGGACCUUCAAGUCUGGGCUCCAAUAUUAAGAUUGGAGACAAAGUUCGUGUGAAGCCGUCUGUUGUUACUCCAACACACAAAUGGGGAGCAGUCACCCACAAAAGCAUUGGUGUUGUUAAAAAAAUUCAGGGUGAGUCUUUGACUGUGGAUUUCCCUGAGCAAAAAAACUGGACUGGUAUCGUUUCAGAAAUGGAGAUUGUGGCCAGCACUGGUCUAGAUAUUCAGAAUGGGUCUUUGAUUUUAGAUGUAGAUUUUUCCGGGAUUAUGACCAUUCCUGAUUUAGCUGACAUCAAGGUUGGAGACAGAGUCAGAGUGAAAUCUUCAAUAACUACUCCAAAACACAACUGGGGUGGACAUGUCACACACAAGAGUGUUGGUGUGGUAAAAGAUAUCAAAUCUGAGGAUGUGAUCGUGGAUUUUCCAAAACACAAAGCAUGGAAAGGCAUUCUUUCCGAGAUGGAGUUAGUAAAGGACUCAGACACUGACAUUUCAGGAUUCCCCUAGAUCUUGAGGAUGUGACUGUGGACGUCUCUGCUCACCAUUUGCUUUUGUGAAUGAGUUUUCACUGAAACGUGCCAAUGUCUUUAUUUCUAAGUUUGUAGUCAUGUGAACAUGAAAAAAAAAUACUUGUGGUUUUCAUACUGGUGUCCUUCACAGCACAGGAGAGAUAUUAUAUUAGACAGAAGUUUACUUAAAUGGUUCUUUUCAUUCAAAUUCAUUUGCAUUUUUUGUCUUCCAUUUGUCUCAUGUAUGAUUGGAGCAUCAUUCAUUAGCUACAGGAUGAGUGCUGCAGUUAGAAAGAAUCUUUCUACAUAUAUACUGUAGAUACUGAUUUUUAUCAAGUGAAAUCUGUUUCAGCUCUCGGAAUGAGCACAUACACUGAAUUCUCUCU